UGGGUGGCUCCUCUAUCCAAGAUGGAGUUGGAGGGGAAGAAGAAUCCAAGAUUCAUGCUGAGCUACCUAAUUCACCAUCGUCUUCAGGUGGGUUCCGUCAGUUUUCUUCAAAAAGGACUCAUCUUUGUAGAGAAGGCAUGAUGUGACCGAUAAUGUUGGUGGAAAUUAUUGAUUUACUUUGUACAAGACAUCUUGUUUGUACCACAUAAGAUUAUGUUUUCAGAAUUGUAGCCUGCUGUGGUAUUGGGAACUUUCAAUUGGUCAUCAGUUACUGUCAGCCCCUGCCACAGUCAAUUAUUGAAUUACGUCUUACCUAUCAUGCCCUUUUUGGCGGCAUCAAAGGCGUUCCAAUUACAAGAAGAGUAUUUUCCUCUCCUCGGUAAACAACCGGAGAAUCCACUUAUGCUGCUUGGGCAAUAUAGUGAUGAUGAGGUGGAUGAGGAAUCUAGUGAAGGACUUGAACGUGCUGCUUCAGAAGAUUCUUCUCUUGAUCACGAAGACCAGGAAAAACAAGCUGGCGGAGAGGAAAAUAAUGUUAAUGGGGAAAUUGGUUCUACAGUUAUGGAAGUUGAAGAGCAAGCUAUUGACAAUGGCUCUGAUGUACCGAGUCCUUCAGAUAGACCUGCAGAAGAUAGUACUACGGAAAAUAAUGCUUCUGAUUCAGUUGAUUUGCACACUCAAUUGAGUGCGACGGAGCAAAUUACUGCUCCUGCAACUUUGGAUGCACAAGUUCUUGGGGAUGCAAGUUCAGGGUGGAAGAUGGUGUUGCACGAAGAGAGUAAUCAGUAUUAUUAUUGGAACAUAGUAACAGGAGAGACUUCAUGGGAAGUGCCCAAGAUAUUGGACCAUGCAGCUGAACCGAGGUUCGAAGAGAAAAUUACUGCUGAUACUGAAUGCACGGGCAGUGCCACCUCAGGGAACUUAGAAUCCUCUGCAUUAGACAUUAGACAGACUGGCGUCAGCUAUAGCAACAUCAAUGAAUACAGGCAGCCAAUAGAUGAUACCUUACAUGAUAAGAAAGUAGACAAUGGUGAGGACCAAAAUGGCACAAUAAAGGACUCUGAACAAAUCGAUUCACAACAUAAUGAACCAUCAUCUCCUGGUGGAUCUCUUUCUUCAGGGCAAUCAGAUCAAACUCUUGCAGUUCAUUUGAAUGCCUCAGGUGAAGAUUCUACAAUGCAUAGGGAUGCAGAUUAUGUUCCAGAAGAUGAAACUGAGGCAGACUUUUCCUCUGACCUGGUAAAACAUUGUGAACGCUUGCUAGAGCAAUUGAAGACCAUGAAAGGCUCCAAUUAUUACGUGCAACUGGACGAUCAAAUUUCAAAAUAUGCAUUGGAACUUGAGAUUAGGCUUGCUGAUAUUAGGUCCUUAGCCUGUAAUGGGCUGUCAUUGCUUCCCUUCUGGGUGCACUCUGAGAGGAAGAUAAAACUGCUAGAUUCAGAAAUAAAUCACAUUCGUGGGCAAUUCCUGUCCGGACAACACAGUGAUGUUGAGGCUGGUCAUGAAUCUCACAGAGACAGUGAUCAUGUACACAAUGCAACUGGAGAGAGGCCAAGUCAUCCUACCACUGGUGAUGCAAGUGAGAAAUCUGGAGCCACUGGAGUCACUGUACAUGAAGAGUUAACUCCUCAAACAGUGCUUCAUCCGGCUGAAGAAGUAGACAUGGAUGUGGAUAUGGAAGUUGAAGACACUGAACCUUCAAGCAGCUUAACUGUGGGGGAUGCACUGCAUGCCCCAAAUCAUGCCCCACUGGACGUACCAAGUCGUUCUGCGCUACAGACAAAAUUGGAGUCCUCCGUUCCGGAACAAACACCUAAUGUUCCACCUCCACCUGAUGAAGACUGGAUUCCUCCACCACCUCCUGAUAAUGAACCUUUUCCACCACCACCACCCGAUGAACCUUUAGAUCACACACAUGCUCUUCCUUCAGAUAUGGAAUCGGUUCAACCUUUUUCUUAUAACUUAGCUUAUCCAGGUUCGACAUUUGAAUACUAUGGGCAAACUAAUUCUGAAGUUGCCAGUAAUUUAUAUGCAACUUCGGACGGUCAGAUAGCUGUUAGUCAUCAACCAUUAUAUUAUCAAAUCCCAGAUACGUAUAGUGCUGCUCCUGUGGCAAUCAACCAUGUUGACCCCAGUGCAUACUAUGGCUAUCAGGAUGGAGCACUGCAGCCUGUUUCCGUAGUCAGUGGUACAGAGUCUUCUGGUCUUCCAGCUAUACCAGUUCAUGAAAAUGUUGCACCUGAUGCAGUUCCAUCCUUAGAUGUCCAGGGGGGGUCACGAUCUGAUUUGUUAGCAAAAACUGAGGCCGAUGUACCCGUUAAUUUGGAGUCUGAAGAGACAUCUUUUGAUGUUCCUGCUGCACAAUCCUCUUUGCAAACUACAAGAAGUGUAUCAGCGAUGGAUGGUGGUGCUGUGUCUUCAACAUCUAUGGUCACUGGCUCUGUUGCUACUGCUUCAACUGCCCCCUCAAAGGUUCAAUCGAAAGUUUCGCGUAAUAAAAAGCGCACUACUGGUGUGGUUUCCACAUUAAGGUCUAAUAAGAAAGUCUCGAGCUUGGUUGACAAGUGGAAAGCUGCCAAAGAGGAGCUGCAUGCAGAGGAGGAGGAAGAACCCAAAAGUGUUCUGGAGAAGCUGGAGAAGAAACGACAACGAGAAAUAGAGGAAUGGCGUGCUAAGCAGAUUGCAAGUGGGGAGGCCAAAGAAAAUGCUAAUUUUCAACCACUUGGCGGUGAUUGGCGAGAGCGUGUGAAACGAAAAAGAGCUGAAAAGAUGAGGGAGGCUGAAAAGCAACCAUCUGAAGAAAAUGAGCAGCCUGAUCUGGAUGUUCUUUCUAGAGGUCUUCCAUCUGGAUGGCAGGCUUAUUGGGAUGACUCCACAAAGCAGGUCUACUAUGGAAAUGCUGUGACAUCAGAGACGGCCUGGAAUAGACCGACUAACUGAAUAUUGAUACGGAGAAUUCCUACCUAAUUGAUAUAUUCAUUGUAACUUUUACUUUCUAUAAAAAAUUUGGCUCGAACAUGUCAGUUACUGCGUUGUAUAUAUGUAGGGGGGUGUAGUGACGUGAUCAAGUGGCAGCUUGCUCAAGCUUGAUUUGGUAUCUUAAUGAGUUCUAAAAUUUUGUUCCA